AUGGUUUCCAAAUUUGGAUUUGCAUGCAUUGCUGUUUCGAAACUAACCCCUGUUUUCAGCGACUCUUUCUUCGACUCACCACCGGAGACUGGUUUUUGCAUCUCAAACAUUACCGAGUGGAGAAAGGAUAUACCAACACCCAUUGUUUCCUCACAGGAAUUUUCUUUUUCUUCAGAGUUCCAGGACAUGCACACAUCAGGGCCCUUUGAGCUCAAGGAUACUGUGUCUGAGUACAGCAUGGACAGUGCAUACCAAAGCCAGAGUAGUGCCAGCCGGCGCGGUCCCCUCAGGCCAGAGGAGUACCACCAGGACACACAAGGCGGGAUGAACAACCAGUUCAUUGGCAGCGACCUCUACUCACCAUCACUGGGCUCCGACUGUUACAACACCAUGGCUGACCAAUCCCUGGACAUGAGCCAAAUGCAACUUCCAGCCGCAGCCGGAACCUGGGACAACCCGGAGGGGCCUGUAUAUGCUAAUUACUCUGCUGGACAGGACUACACACAUUACUCGACCACAAACGGCUCCCGAUUUACACCCUCUGCUAUCAACAUGUCACUACAAUGGGGGACGAAUGAGUCUUUGUCUCAGAGCAAUCCAUUCACAUUCACCCCAUAUUCUUCACAUGGCAUGUCGUUCAAUGCUACGGCGCCUUCUCAACGAACCUGGAGCCACGCACAAAACGAUGCUCCAGCCCGCCUUGCAGCGAUGCGCAGCACAUCGUCAUCGACUGUGCAUCAAGAUUCGCGACGAGAAUCCGCAUAUGAUGUGAAUGCAUUCAUUGCAUCUCCAGUUAGCACAGCAAGCAUGCACCUCCCACACAGCGUCGAAUAUGGGCAAUCACCUUUUCUGGACCACAGAAGGAACGAGAACCAAGACACAACUUCGACCUUUGUUCCCACUCGAUCGCUGGACGAGGAACUCGACAUCCCGACGCCUGCUGAGACUGCUGAGGCCAAGCUCGAGGAGGAACGGACAAAGGUUGCCCGUAGCCACCCACUUUAUCAACAGGGGCCAGACAACGAGGGCAAAUACCACUGCCCAGAAGUGGGCAAGCCUGGAUGCAACCACAAGCCAACCUCUCUGAAGUGCAACUAUGACAAGUACGUCGAUUCACACCUGAAGCCGUUCCGCUGCAACAAGAAGGCAUGUGCCGAACUCCAGUUCUCGUCUACCGCUUGCCUUCUUCGACAUGAGCGCGAGGCCCAUGGUAUGCACGGCCAUGGCUCAAGGCCCCACCUCUGCCACUUCGUCGACUGUGAGCGAGCAGUCCCAGGCCACGGAUUCCCUCGUCGAUACAACCUUUUCGACCACAUGAAGCGUGUCCAUCAAUACGAAGGCCCCACGACAGAGCCGUCACCUUCGAUCAAGCCUCUACCCCAGAAGCGAAAGAAGUCUGCGUCCGAAGAAGGCAGUGCUAAGCGCGUCAAGGUUGCAAAGGUUACCAAGAUUUCUGCCGAGCAACAGCUCCAGCAGCGACGCGACCAAAUGACGGAGAGGUUCCUCAACAAGAAGCAACACAUCAUCGACAUAUUGACCAAGCUUGCUGGCCCAAAUGACCUCAGGGACGACAUUCAGUUGACCAAGGAGGUUGUGGGUCUUCACGAUAUCUGUGCCAACUUCAGGGAGAGCUUUGGCGGAUGA